AUGGGGCUGCUCAGGAUUAUGCUGCCGCCCAAGUUGCAGCUGCUGGCGGUGCUGGUCUUCGGGGUGGCUGUGCUCUUCCUGGAAAGCCAGAUCCAGAAGCUGGAGGAGUCCCGCGGCAAGCUGGAAAGAGCUAUUGCAAGACAUGAAGUCCGAGAAAUAGAACAACGUCAUACAGUAGAUGGCCCCCGGCAAGAUGGGACACUGGAUGAAGAAGAUGAUGUGGUGAUUAUUUACAACAGAGUACCUAAGACUGCCAGCACAUCCUUCACAAAUAUUGCCUAUGAUCUCUGUGCGAAGAACAGAUACCAUGUGCUACAUAUCAAUACAACCAAAAAUAAUCCUGUUAUGUCUCUGCAAGACCAGGUCCGAUUUGUGAAGAAUGUGACUUCCUGGAAGGAAAUGAAACCAGGAUUUUACCAUGGACAUAUAUCUUAUUUGGACUUUGCAAAAUUUGGUGUUAAAAAGAAACCAAUUUACAUAAAUGUCAUAAGAGAUCCUAUAGAACGACUAGUUUCUUAUUAUUACUUUCUGCGCUUUGGAGAUGAUUACAGACCAGGGCUACGGAGGCGAAAACAGGGAGAUAAAAAGACCUUUGAUGAAUGUGUGGCAGCUGGAGGUUCAGACUGUGCUCCAGAGAAACUUUGGCUUCAAAUUCCAUUCUUCUGUGGCCACAGCUCCGAAUGCUGGAAUGUGGGAAGCAGAUGGGCUUUGGAACAAGCCAAAUACAAUCUGAUUAAUGAAUACUUCCUAGUGGGAGUUACUGAAGAGCUUGAAGACUUUAUCAUGUUAUUGGAGGCAGCUUUGCCCCGGUUCUUCAGGGGUGCCACAGAACUGUACCGGACAGGAAAGAAGUCUCAUCUUAGAAAAACAACUGAGAAAAAACUUCCCACAAAAGAAACUAUUGCCAAGCUACAACAGUCUGAAAUCUGGAAAAUGGAGAAUGAGUUCUAUGAAUUUGCACUGGAGCAAUUUCAGUUUGUCAGAGCACAUGCAGUUCGGGAAAAAGAUGGAGAAUUAUAUAUUCUGGCUCAAAACUUUUUCUAUGAAAAGAUUUACCCUAAAUCAAACUAA